UUGCAGACUGCACAGCCUUACUUCUUCCUGACACGGUUUCCAACAGAUCACCACUAUCUUUAUUCUCCCAUCCGUUGGGUCUAAACUGUUACUCCCUCUUUCGGUGCCUCUUUCGCCGCUGCAGGUUUGAUCAGGUUUGUCGGCAUCUGCGGCCCAGGGCAAUAAUAUUUACGGAAACCAUCCCCUAGGAGAUAUUCACGUCAUCGUAUUCCUUCCCUCGCUACAAGAACUUGGUGGUCAGUCGCGAUGGAUCUAGCAUUGUCUCGUCAACAGUCACGCUGCUCUGACACGUGAACCUGGCUACUUUUCUAAACGCCUGCCUACGAACCCAACACCUUGCCCUCUCCGAGCAAAUAGUCUAGUUGCAGAUUUACUUCCAUCAUCUUCAGGUCGUCUAGGACGCGACGGUUCGCCGACCGCGCAUCUCGAUGGCAACCAUGGACCCCUUCGCGAGCUCCGACAAUCUCCGCAAUCAACCCGCUCCAACGGCAAUACCUCCACGCCGAAUGCUUCCAUCCGUCAGCUCAGGGUCCUUCAACUUCCCGCAGAGCGUCCCUAUGCGAAAUGUUCCGAAUAGAGGGCCGCAGAUGCGCACCAGCAGGACUUGGACGAUAAGUAGCGGCGAGCGUGGCUUGUUGAGUGAUACGGAUGAGGUGGGAAACAGGGCUGCCUUCGUCCAAGAGUACAACCGACUGGCAAAAAAGCAUGGCGUGAGGGUCUUGGUGGUUGAAGACUUCGACCUCAAGCAAGCUGGAACUGGACCUCAUAGCCCUCAAAAACGAGGGUGGUUUUAUCGAAUCCUGCGAUCCACCUCCGGCCAAACCCCGACUGUCCUACGACCACGAACCCUCGAGGGUCGCAGCAAGCGAAGUGUCUCUGACCUUGCCCACAACCUCGCACACCCUCGACGCGAAACUCCUAAAACCGUCGAUAUCCAGUCAAUGAUUCGGUUGAGUGGCAAAAGUGUCUUCUAUCUCCCGCCCGAGCAUGCUCCGUCUGCCCUCGUCCUCCCGACCUGUCUGCGGGCCACGGCCCAUUACCUCGCCCAGAAUGUUGCAACUCGAGGCAUCUUCCGCAUUCCAGGGUCCGUGAGGGUUGUGAAUACCCUCUUUGACUACUACUGCCAUACAGAAAAGGGGGGUAUUGACAUUGCUGGCACUGUUCGAUGUGCCAACUUGCCAAUGCACAUCCAGGUCUCUGUUCACGACGUUGCCUCAACAUUCAAGCGCCUCCUCUCUAUUCUACCCGGAGGUAUUCUGGGCUCCCUCCACAUCUUUGACGCCCUCGUUGCGAUCCACUCUCAACUCAACGGCGAUCCCGAAUUCCCUCGAACAAAGCAGACCAAAGUCCGGGCUCGACUCAUUGCACUGGCCAUCUCCACGAUUCAAUCACAAUUCAGAAGAGAACUCGUUUGUGCCGUGUUUGGACUUCUCAGCUUGAUUGGGCGUGUGGCUGAGGUUGCUCCCAGAGAGGAUGAUGGGGGGCGGCCGCUUCCUACAGGAGACCUGAUGGGAUACUGCGCCCUUGGAAUCGUCUUUGGACCGUUGCUUCUUGGUGACCUGUUGGACAGCUACUCCAUGAAGUUGGCCACACCUGAUUCGGGGUUGCUACUGUUCCACCUGAGCCCACCCAAGCACCGUCGGGACCGUCGCAAGUCCAAGGCCGUCGAAUUCAAAAGCAUCACAGCACCCGCUGUCAAUAAGAUUCUCAUCGCGAAUGGAAUUACUGAGAUGCUCAUAGCAAACUGGAGAGACAUUGUGCGACAAAUGAAGUCAUUGGGAAUGCAACGCGGGAGAGAAGUCCCUUCCCUCGACAGUCUCCGAACCGAGUCGUUGCAACAGUCUACAUCCGAGUCGUUUGUCAUCAGAAAGCCUCCCGACUGGGAGCAAGAAAACGCGUACAAGAGAGACAUGCGAGAAGAGGAAGAAUUCUUCAAAAAUGUCAACAAUGGAAGCCCAGAGCCAGAUACGCCAACACUAGCCGUGAGGCGGCAGCGUCUACCGAAGAGAAAGAGCUCGGCCUCGAACCGACUGGGCGCAAGACCAAGUAUCGGUGUUUUGAGUCCGACGGCAGAGGAGAGCGCGGUAGACGAGGAAUCUCGUGAGCCGGUACAGUCACAUCAGGUACGAAGUACUUUGGUGAACGACAACCAAGCAUCAGGACAUCGCCCAAGCCUACAUAUUCUACAUGCCGACCAAAUUACUGACGAGGACUCAUGGACGGACCCUACUCCUCAGAGAGUGUCACAAUCACAACAUGAUCGGAAGCUAGGGUCCGUUGAGUCUCAUGAACGUCCUUCCCUGGCAUCAGCGAGAAAGAGAAGAGAAACGACAGGGUUUGAAAGCCCAAGGGUGUCCAUCGAAGUCAUCCCUCCACGUACUUCGUCAAAACAAAGGCAUGACACUGACUUAUCAACCCAGCAUGAGCUAUUGCCGCAUACUCACUUGGAGAAUGUAGUUGGCAGAACACCAAACACAGAGCCGACACCAAUUGAGAGGAGAAAGGCACAGAGGGCCAAGCAGGGAGGGAAAGAUAGGUCGCAGAUCCUGGAUCAAAAAGUCUUGAACACCGAGGAACACGAGCAAUCUAAGCCGUCUCGAUCCUUUUCUUUCUCAAAUCAGCAAGAUGAAAAGCUUGCUGGCAUCGAGGACUCUCAGGCUCAACAAAAUGGAGUGAAGGCGGGAUUCCAGACUCCUUCUAACAAAUUGAUACUGUCGUAUUCUGAACGCUACCCGGACUCUUCAUCCAUUACCGAACCGUCUCGGCCGAGUUUCCAAUCUGAGAGCUCCCAGCAUGACUCAAACCGUGGAAAACGACUAUCAGCGGUUAGUUCGGUUGAGCCGCACCAGACUACAGGCAAAUCCUUCAGCUCUAUAGAUCAGAGUUCGAGGGUUCGCAAGUCCCCUCAAUCUCAGGGUUCAGCUUUUGGAAACGGUAAUUCUGGCAAGCAAGAGAACAACAGCUUCCACCCAACUAGCAUGAGACACUCUCACGGGUCUCAAGCAGCUGCCCAACUAGUCCACCGAUUUGAUACUUUCCCUAGCGGAGGAUCUCAGUCACACAGGCCAUUGGCAGCCGAAGCGUCUGAGCUAUGGGGCGGCAUUGCAAAGGCGCCUGAGAAGGCACCUGCUAGGCCGAGUGUAGCCCAGGUGGCGAAGAAGCGAGGAGCAGUCAAAGCCAUGGCAGCAAUGUUUGAAGGAGAAGAGUCCAAGCAACUACUACCCUCACGACCGGAGCCGCAAAGCAGAACCCAGAGUCUAAUAUCUCACUAUUCACAAGCGUCGCCCGAGAAAUCCAUUCGGUCGUCGAGAUCUGGGUCUGUUUGGACACAGCAGAGUGUCCGUAUGCCUUCGUUGUCAGAUCAGAAUCAACGACAUUCUCGAAACUUGUCAGGAAACAUAAUCCAACAGGCAAAUACCAUACUCGAUCAGAAAGCGCGAAAUUCAAUGAACGAGAACCUGGCAUUGCGACAAGAGUCAACCCUGGACGUUGGGAAACCAGAUCAGGGUUUUCUUCCAGACAAGCCACAGAUAAUGCUAUUUCGAAAACCCAUCCCCAUCAGGAAGCCCAAUCUAGAGUCGAACGGGGCAUCGCUACAGAGUCCCCCCAGUUUGGGAACCAUGAUUCCUCAUCCGGAGCACCCGCCCAUUGCCCAACACCUCAACUUGCUUCGACCUUCGUCAUCCACGUCGAACAUCCAACAAGAUUCUGAGUUUCUUUCUCUUCCCCAGAGUACUUCUACACCAACACCGCGUCCUGGUAGCACGACCAUGUUGCAUACGCAAAUUCGUAUUCUCCAGCGCCAACUAGAGGCCAAAACGGAAGAAGCCGCCCAACUGAGAAGGCAGCUGGAGGUUCAAGAGAACGCAGAUGUGGGAACAAUGAGCCAACAACUGCGUCAAGCAAUGAUUGAGGCGCAGACGUGGAAGGAGAGGGCCGAGGCUGCAGAACGCAGAGUCAAAGUGUUUGAGAGGUUUACAGCAAGGCUGAGGGGCAUGAGAGAAGUGGCCGCCACUGCGAAUCGUCAGAGCAACGGUUCAAGUUCGGCAAGCAAUUCGACAGUACAUGAUGGAGGCGGCAAGGAGGAUGGUCAGUCAGUCUAUCAACGCCAACACUCAUCAGGAGAGAACCAACGCACUGGACGACAAGUGAGUGACGCACACGAAAGCGAUACUUCUAGGAGAACGGAAGAUGUCGGGGUCAUUACGGCGCGAAUUCGCAAGUGUCUUCAUGGAGGUCCUGGCCGGACAGAUGGUCCCAUAGACAGUCCUCCCCCUUGCCUUCAAGACUUGGUUGAAGGAGUCAAGGGUGUGGGAUGCGAGGACAGGAUGCGAGAGUUGAGUCUGAGCACGGUGGAGGUUUGGAUGGCAGCACAGGAGCUGUUUGAUUUGGAGGAGUCUCGGUAAUUAUAAUGGGCAAGAGCUGCAAGCUGGCGAUGGUCAAGACGGCGAGGUUGUGAAGUUGCGAUGCUUUGUUACUAGGUAGGAUAUUAAUUAGGUGAAUUUGGAUUACCCUGCCAUUGGGCCGGAGAGAUGGAUCAUUGACCAUACUUUUGAGCCCCAAAGGACAGAUUGCUUGGUGGCUACACACAUUGACUUGUGGUACACUUGAGUUGCAUUCUGGCCGACCCCAAGUCGCAUUCUAUCCGGCUGCGAUUGACAUCACGAACCGCCAAGCUUUUGGACUAUUUACAGCAUUUCUAUGUAUGUUCUCCGGCGCAGGGACUCUUAGAACCCUAU